GACGCACAGCGACGACGUCGACGAACGCAACUGGCAUGUGGGCUCGCAAUGCCUGGUCUUCGUGUGGAAGACAUUCAAGAGUACGCUGCGCACAUGUCCGCCCUCGCACCUUCGCGACGGUAGCCGAUGCCCCCAGCUCUUCCUCAACCUCCUCCUCCUCCCAAAAUGACCCCUCGCCAAUCAUCAACGCUGCCGUCAUCCUGAAUCGCUCGCCACUCAUCACACGCACGCCCUCCAACUUCGAGCGCGCGUACUACGCCUACCAUGCACGCAUUCGACGUGCCCUGUUCAACCCCUUCCCGGACGAGUUUUACUUCAAGAAAGGUUCCCUCCUCGAGGAUCGCUUCGCGCUGGAGGAGAAGGAGCGCGAGCGCGUGGCCUUUGGCAGCACCCACUCUGCCCAGCUGAAGGAUUCAAGUGCGGAGGCGGACCUGGAGGCGGCGCCCGCAUUCUCGGAGACGGUGAUCAAGGACUCGAAGGAGGAGAGGCCUAUGCCGAGGACACAUGAGGCGGAUAUCAAGGGCGAUGUGCAAAGCCUCGACAGGAAAGGCGAGCGCAAUAUCUACCUUCUCCUGCAGGGCCAGAAUGCUGCAGGCAAGACGGUGUGGAGGUUCCCGCAAGGGGAGCUUCUGGUAGGCGAGCUGCUACAUGAGGCUGCAUCGAGAGAGCUCCACGACGAGUGUGGUCCCAACAUGGACACCUGGGUCGUCAGCCAGAAUCCAAUAGGCGUCUACCAGCCCUCUAAUACCUCUUCACCAUCUCAAACAUAUGUGUUUUUCUACAAGGCACACAUUCUUGCAGGUCAGGCGAUCCCGAAUGGUAAAAACGUCUUGAACUUUGCCUGGCUCACAAAAGAGGAGAUCGAGCCUCGGGUGGAUCAAGACUACUGGUCCGGCAUCAGAGACAUGCUUUCCGACUUUUGAUGUACUCAUCGAUCCUCACUAUAUGGGUUGUUGCUGGAUGUUUUAAACGCAGCUGCUGGCUACUGC